AUGCGUCUCGCCGCUCUCCUGGCCACCGCGUCCCUGGCUCUCUCUACAUCCACCCUAACCCGGGACGUAGUCAUCCUCGGCGGCGGCUCAACAGGAACCUACGCCGCCGUCCAACUCCGCUCGCAAGACAAAACCGUCGCGCUCGUCGAAAAGAAAGACAAGCUCGGUGGCCAUGCGGAAACCAUCUACCUCCCCGACGACCAAUACGUCAACUACGGCAUAGAAGGCUUUUUCAACAACGACCUCACCAAAACCUAUUUCUCCCAACUAGACGUCGACUACGAAGCCCUCCUCCCGGGCUCCCUCCUCACCAACUACGUCGACUUCCGCACCGGCAAGCCCGCCCUCCCCGGCGACGGCAUCCUCGACACCAUCACCGGCCUCCUCCUCUACCGCGCCGCCAUCGCCCAAUUCGACUCCCUCUCCACAGGCGCCUACUAUCUCCCCGACCCCAUCCCCGAAGUCCUCCUCCGGCCCUUCCAUGAAUUCGUCUCCGCUCACGCCCUCCAAGGCGCCCUCACCCUCAUCUUCGAAUUCGCCGAAAACGUCGGCGACCUCCUCAACACCCCGCUCCUCUACGUGAUCCAAAACUUCGGCAUCCCGCAAAUCGACGCCCUCCUCAACGGCGGAUACAUCCGUCCCAAAAACGGCACCGACACCCUCUUCAACAAAGCUGCCACUUACAUCGGCCCGGAAAACAUCUUCUCCUCGACCACAGCCAUCUCUACCUCACGCAACGAAACCGGCGUGGAGGUCCUCGUCCAGAAUACCAACGGCACCCAGACCCUCAUCCGCGCGAAUUCCCUCCUCAUCACCUUCCCCCCAACCCUCUCCAACCUCGCAUUCCUCGACUUAUCGUCAACCGAACAAUCCCUCUUCUCCAAAUGGACCCACAUGCAAUACUACGCCGCGACCAUCACCAACACCGGUCUCCCAGAUGGGAUCAAUAUCGCGAACGUAAACCCCGAUAACCAACCGGGGAGUCUUCCCCUCCCCCCCUUUCAGUGGGAACUAGAGUAUUCUGGUGUGCCGGGGUACUUUAUGACGAAGAUCGUCGCGCCGGCAAACUUUACCGCCGAGGAUGCGAAACAGCUCAUUGUGGACAAUUUGAGGAGUAUGCGUGAUGCAGGGACGUAUGAUACCACUCAGGAUCCAGAGAUUGCGGCGUUUGCGUCGCAUUCGCCCGAGACACUGAUGGUGGGGGUUGAGGAGAUCAGGGAGGGGUUUUAUGAUAAGCUGCAUGGGUUGCAGGGGAAGAGGAGUACGUAUUAUACGGGGUAUACGUGGUGUACGGAUUAUUCGACCCCGUUGUGGAAUUUUACGGAUGCGGUGGUGGGGAUGAUGCAUUUGUAG